UCCGAAGAGGCUCUUGCGGGUCCCCAGCAGUUCCGAGCCGCGUUGGGCGCGGCCAUUCCCAGCCCGGGUCCGAGCUGUCAGCCUCUCCAAGACCCGCACAGGAGGAGCCAGGACUUGCCCGGCGCGGGCUCCAGAUUAUAUAUUUAAUCAUAAGACCACUGCCCAGUCUGUGAUCUGCCCUUGACUUGCCGUGUGACUUUGGGCAAGUUUCUUCACGUCUCCGGGCCGAGAUAAGAAGCAUGAUGGUGAACUCAGGCCUGGGAGAAAGGCAGUCCGGGACAGGAAGUGGACUUGCCCCUGAGUCCGCCCCAACCUCCACCUUCCCCAUCCUUGUGAGCCAGGCCCUUCCCUGAGGCCCUGCAUGCGUUCUCUCUGUGUCUCCCCUGCAAGUCCCUUUGUCCUCAUUUUGCAACUUCAGCCGUUGCCGGCAUCCAGCUGCCAACUUUCUGCCUGGAUCUGUCUCCUCAUUUCUCUGGUCUCCUCAGACUGAAGCCCUUGGGGUAUGUAACAGCCAUGCCUGUGGACACUCUGACUCCGGGAGCCCGGGACACCUCUGCCCUACCUUUCCGCCUGCGGACCAAAGUCCCUGGCUACCUGCUACGGCGGCCGGCAGAUGGUGGAGCACGGAAACCUAGUGCCGUGGAGCGCCUGGAGGCCGACAAGGCCAAGUACGUCAAGAGCCUGCAUGUGGCCAACACCCGCCAGGAACCUGUGCAGCCCCUACUGUCCAAACAGCCACUCUUCAGCCCUGGGACUCGCCGCACAGUGCUCACACCUAGCCGUCGAGUCCUGCCUGGACCUGGCCGCCGGCCCCAGCUGGACCUGGACAUCCUUAGCAGCCUCAUCGACUUGUGUGAUAGUCCCUCGUCCCCUGCCGAGGCCAGCCGUACCCCUGGAUGGACAGAAGGAGCCCACCAGGCGCCCCCGGCCACCCCUCCACGCCCGCCACCCAGUACGGCUGCCGUCCGCCGAGUGGAUGUCCGUCCCCUGCCCGCCUCCCCUGCCCGGCCCUGUCCAUCGCCUGGCACUGCCACUGCCUCCAGCCCAGCCCGGCCCCCGGGUUUGCAACGCUCCAAGUCGGAUUUGAGUGAGCGCUUCUCCAGAGCAGCAGCUGACCUGGAGCGAUUUUUUAACUUCUGUGGCCUGGACCCGGAGGAGGCACGGGGCUUGGGUGUGGCCCACCUGGCGCGGGCCAGCUCAGACAUCGUCUCCCUGGCUGGGCCCAGUGCCGGGCCUGGUAGCUCCGAGGGGGACUGCUCCCGCCGCAGCUCUGCCACUGUGGAGGAGCGGGCCCGGGAACGAGUCCCCUAUGGUGUGUCGGUGGUGGAGCGCAACGCCCGUGUGAUCAAGUGGCUGUACGGGUUGCGGCAGGCGCGGGAUGACCCAGCAGCUGAGGGCUAGGCCUCCAGUGGACGCGGCAUUUGCCACAGGACAGAUCUGAGAGAGGCAGCUGGCUGGCCCCUUGACCCCUUCUGCAUCCAUGCCCUGGCUCGGGGCAGACCGGAGGCUGCUGCCUUGUGUGAACUCGGUAUGGAGGCAGAGGCUCAGAGGCUGGACCGGCAUCCGUCUGGCAAGGACUGACCCUGGAGAGAGUUGCCUCUUGACCUUGGGCCACCCUCUACCCCUCGUGUGUAGGGGUUUUGACACCAGUCCUCUCUGGUUCUUCCCUUGGGUUUGGAAUUGGGCCACCUAGCCUUCUCCACUGAGAGUGAGGGGCCAAAGGAUCUUACUAGGCCUGUCUACCUAGUGGUUCUGUUUCCUUCUUCCUUGGCCUCUAACCUUUGCUGACUUCCUCUUCCUUUCCCAGUGGGCCCUGGUUCCCUGGGAACUUGCUCUGGGUGGGGGCAGGGCCUUGGCAGCCUGGUCUAGGUGGGUAGACUACAGGAGGGACUGGUAGGAGUCUGUACUGCUCUGACUUCCCUCCCUUUGGUUAAUAAACACAAAUGCUUGUUUUUCAA